AUGAAUCGAACAAUUAGACCCACUGAUACUGAUAUAAUCAGUGGUAAGAGUUUAGCUCCUUGGAGGGGUUUUGAUUCCGUGAGCGGGUCCUUAUUGUCCGGUGGAGGGGUUGAAGCUGAGGCGGCUCUGAUUAUUGGUUUCUGGGUUUUGGUGGGUUUUGGGAGAGAGUUGAAGAGGAAAGGUAUGGGGUUGAGGAGAGUUCGAGAGGAGAGAGAGUGGGGUGAUCGGAGAGCUGAGAAUGGUCGAAUUGUUGUGGGUUUUGAGGAUCUUGUGGGUGGGGAUUUAGAAAGAAAAAAUGGGGGCGAACGUGAUCGGAUGUGUGAGGAGACGCGAGAGGGGGGACAGAAGGCUGUGGUGGUGGAGGAAGAGGAGAGUGCGAAGCUCUCCAUUGUAGAGAGAAUGGGAAGGAAGAGUGUGUGUGAGAGAGAAAGAGAAAGAGAGUUUUUACGUUGA